UUGGACCAGGAGCAGGCCCACACCCCAUUCAGACAGAGCAAACUGACCCAGGUACUAAAAGAUUCUUUUAUCGGCAACUCAAAGACCUGUAUGAUAGCUAAUGUAUCGCCAAGUCACCAGGCAACUGAGCACACACUAAAUACCCUGCGCUAUGCGGACAGGGUGAAAGAGUUAAGAAGAGGAAUAAAGAACACCCCAGUUUGCAAUAAUCGAAGCAGAAGCUCUUGUUUGUCUCCAAAGCGGGUUCAGAAUUCAUCCUCUGUGCUGGGAGAAAAGAUCUCCCCAAAAAAAGUAAAGCUAGGUGCACAGUACUCAUCUACCUCAGUUACUGCAAAGGCUAAAUCCUGUCCAUCUGUCUUCCAUCCCACCAACGUCCCCCUAUCCUCAACCCCAAAAACCAUCAUC